CAGCACCGCAGCCCCCGCCGCUGUUCCGGAGCGGGAAGCUCAGCCCUCUGCCGCGGUCCUAGAGCGGCCUGAAGCAGCCAGAGCAGCCGCAGCUGCUAGAAACGCCCGAGCUCGGCCGCAGCUCUUAGGGGCCGGCCUCGGCUCGUCGGUGGCUUAGCACCGCUAGGCUGGAGCUCGGGUCUCUGCUCUUGCUGGGGUUUCAGGCUCAGGCAUGUCCUUGGGCUGCCACACUACAGCUAUGGCUGCUGGAGGAGUAUAAUGGAGAAUCAUAGCUCUGAUAGUCUUCGCAAGAGUGAUUUACCACAUUCUGAAAGUGAAGACGAGAUUGAGUUUGUUGGAGAAGGACCUUUAAGGCCUGUCCUUGAAUGCAUUGAUCUUGUCAGCAGUGAGGAUGAAGAACCUAAUAGCAGUUCUUAUUUUCAUAGAAACACUAAGCGUAAGGAUCACAUUGACUAUCAGAAGGAGCGAGUUACAUCAACCCUGGAUCGUCUGGCACGCCAUGUUGAAGUAGAAAAACAACAAAAAGAAGAGAAAAAUAAAGCUUUCAAGGAGAAAGUUGAUUCCCUGUAUGCUCAUGGGUUGCAAGAAUUAGAAUUUAUUCGGGAACACAGUGAUACAGAAGCUGCAAGGUUAUGUGUGGACCAGUGGUUAAAAAUGCCAGGUCUGAAACCAGGCUCUGUUAAUGGUGGAAAAAGGGGUGUUUAUAAGAGGACAAGUCAGGCUCAAGUCAACAGCAGACCCAAAUAUUGUCCUGUGAUGCAUUGCAACAGACGAUUUGAUAAUGUACAUCUUCUUCUAGGUCACCUUCAAAGGUUUGAUCAUUCUCCUUGUGAUCCAACAGUCACAUUACAUGGACCCCCACAUAAUGCUCUUGCCUGUGUGAUAUGCUGUGAAAGAUUUUCAACCUCUCAGCAGUACAAUGAUCAUCUUUUAUCUAAGCUAAAUAAAAAUGAUGGGCAUAAAAAAGGUAUUCCUCCACAGCAUAUUCAGUGUUUUGCAUGCCCAAAGUGCUUCCUCCUUUUCACCAAAAGAGAUGAAUGUGUGCAGCAUAUGUCGCAAGAGAACCACUUCCUCCAGGUUUCUGAACCGAGUGAUGCAUUGAAGUCUGGCCAUCCGCUACCUUUUCCAUCCUUUGCAAAGAACCUCUUGAUAUCUCUGUGCAAAGAGGUCCCCUUCCAAGUGAAGUGUAUGUCCUGCUUCAAGAUACUGCGCUCACAUAUGGAAUUAACGGCUCAUUUCAGAACACGUUGUUAUAAUUCUGGGCCCAUGGCACUGUCAAAGAAAAGCAUCUCCCAAGUUGCAGAGAUAUUUAAAAGGAAAGGUUACUGUGAGAGCUGCGAUGAACUGUUUGCUGAUAAGAAUCAGAUGACCCAACACAAACAAAGCACUCAGCAUAACAUUAGAGAUUUUACUACACUGGAAGAGUCCAUCUUGAUGUUCUGCCACGUCAGUGGAAAACAUAAAAAUCAGUCUCAUUUGUGCUACAUUGUGGAACGGUCAAGACCACUGCUUAAAAGACAUUUGAGUCCAGAUGAGUCCUCCAGUGAAACGGGUUCUACUUCAAAACGGAAGAGUAAUUUAAAAGAUAAAAAUGAAGAUGAAGUUGCAAACCGAAGUCAAGGUAGUGCUUGCAAAGUAAAAGCCUGGUUUUGUGAAUGCCUUCAAAAGUUUUUUACAGAAGAGUCAGUAGAAAAGCACAUUUUAUCAGCAAAUAGGAUCUGUCACAAGUGUGCUGUGUGUGGAAAGCUGGCUGAAAAUUCAAGCAUUAUCCGCCUACAUAUGAGUCGAUUCCAUGGAGGAGCACACUUAACUAAUUUUCUUCUCUGGUGCAGAGCAUGCUCUGUAGAUCUUAGAGAAGAGGAUAUUAUGGGACACAUAACUGAAUUUCAUGGUGGACAUAGUUAUUAUUAUGAGCAAGAAGCUGUAGAAGAUGAGCCUAUGCCAUCUGUUUCUUAUGCAGUGAGCAUUUCUGCAGAUGAAAAUAAAGACUGCAUUUCUGACCCUGUGGAGCUCUCCCCUGAGAGUGCUUCUGUUGUGGGAAAAUGGCAGUGCCGCAUUUGUGAGGAGAUGUUUGAGUCUGAAGAGAGUGUUAAACAGCAUUGCAUGUCCUUAGAAAGCCAUGCAUUUCACAGGUACUCAUGUGGCUUAUGUAGAAAUCAUUUUCGGAAAGUAGGAACACUACAGCGGCACUUCCAAGAGCAUCAUAAUGAGGAGAUACAGACUAAAUACUUCUGUGGCCUUUGUGGUGAUCUCUUCUUCAACACAGAGGAAGAAUUUCUAAUCCAUUACAAGGCCCUUCAUAGCAUGGACUAUACAUUUGUGCCUGAGCAGAUGGAGCCGUCAAUAAAAAAACAAGAGGAUUUCCUUCCAGUUGAACAAGGAGACUAUUUAACCUGUGGUUGCCGGACAAGUUACAUCUCCAAAAUAAACAGGAGGAAUGAUUAUGAGAAUUGUCAGAGAGUCAUGCUGCAGAAAGGAAACUUAUGGUUUCGAUGCUGCUUGUGUUCUGCAACAGCACAGAAUAUUGCUGAUUUGAACAGUCAUCUCAAGAGUCACACGUCAGUAAAACCUAAGGGAGAGAUGUACGUUGUUAGAUGUGCUGCAUGCAACAAAAACUUUGAUGAUCUUCAAAGUGCACAUCAGCACUAUCACAUGAAACACUGCUUCUUGCAGAAACCUGAUCUAUCAAGUCUUGCAUCAGAAUCAGAAGACACAGUAUUCAAGUUUUCAGCAAGUGGGGCUUGUGUGGUCAGAAAACCUCACAGGCAACAACUUCAAGCAUCUCCAUCCAAAACUCAGGAGAGACCACAGUUUUCUCCUCUGCAGGGUACAAUAGAGGGAAAGAAAAUAAAAAAUGAGGACUCAGAACAGUCUGAAGAAUGUAGUGAAAAUGGUGAACUUCCUGAUCUGGACUAUCUGAGUACUAUGACUCACAUUGUGUUGGUGGAUCUGGACAACUGGGGAAGCUUUUUCACACAGCUGCCAGCUAACCUGAACCAAGGGACAUUUAUCUGGGGUUUUCAAGGAGGAUACAGCAACUGGAAGCCUCCAGUGCAUUGCAAAAUUUACAAUUAUCUUAAAAGGAUUGGAUGUUUCUUUCUUCAUCCACGUUGCAGUACCAGAAGAGAAGCAGCAGACUUUGCUCUCUGUGUUCAUGCUGGUCGUCUGGAUGAGCACCUGCCCAAGCAAAUUCCUUUCACUGUUCUUUCUGGAGACAAAAGCUUCCUGGAACUGGAAAACCAAUUUAAAAUGACCCAGCGGUCAGCUCGCAUCCUGAAUCCUCACCACAUUGAAGGAGACAUGAUGUGUGCCUUGCUAAACAGCAUUUCAGAUACCACAAAAGGUUCAGAUAGUGAAGAGGAUGAAGAUAUGAAAGAAACAGUGAAGCGGAGCUUAGAAGAAGUAAACAAACAGGAAGAACUGCAAGAGGCCGAACUGCAAGAUGCAGAACUGCAAGAAGCUAUCAAAAGAAGCCUCGAGGAAAUGUAAAUGAAGACACUUGAGUACAUUAACAUCAUGCCAUCAGAACUGCUCACAAAAAUGGAAGCUUGUUAAUCUAUUUACAGGGGUUCAGAAGUGCCACUUUUAAACACUUCAACUGUAACUGUUAGAUUAAUAAUCUGAUGUCCUCUGUCAUACUGAUGAACAGCUGGAGUUUAUUCAUAUUCACAGCAAUGUGUUAUGUUUGAUAAAAAUAAUUUUUUAA